UUAGUUAACUCUUCAUCAGAACACUGCAGCAGUCCAGAUUCCUCUCUGCAGAAAACUCUCCAGGUCUUCAGAUGACAGAAUAACAGAAUCGUCUACAAACAACCAACAUGGCAGCAGCACGCAGCCUCCUCUCUGAAGACCAGUUUCUGUGCUCCAUCUGUCUGGAUGUGUUCACUGAUCCAGUCACCAUACCAUGUGGACACAACUUCUGCAAGAGCUGCAUCACUGAGCACUGGGACACUAAUGUCCAGUGUGAGUGUCCCUUGUGCAAAGAGCAAUGUGAGAAGAAACCUGACCUGCGGGUCAACACUGUUUUAUCAGAGAUGGCUGCUCAGUUCAAGCAGUCAGUUCUACAGGAAACCAGCAGCAGCAGCUCAGAGGAGCAACACACCAACACAGGAGAAGUUCUCUGUGACUUCUGCAUUGAGACCAAAAUGAGGGCCCAGAAGUCCUGCCUGGAUUGUCUGGUCUCCUACUGUAAGACUCACCUGGAGCCUCAUCAGAGACUCCCAGCCCUGAAAAGACACACGCUGAUCAAUCCUGUGGAGAACCUGGAAGAAAGGAUGUGUAAGAAGCACAAGAAACCUCUGGAGCUUUUCUGUAAGACCGACCAGGUUUGUGUGUGUCGGUUCUGUACUGAGUCAGAACACAAGCUGCAUCGCAUUAUUUCUCUCCAAGAAGAAUACAAAGAGAAGAAAGCUGAGCUCGGAAAGACAGAGGAUGAAGUUCAGAAGAUGAUCCAGGAGAAGCGACAGAAGAUUGAAGAGAUUAAACAAUCAGUGACGCUCAGCAAGGAAGAAGCAGACCAAGAGACAACAACAAGUGUGGAGGUCUACACCGCUCUGAUCCAGUCUGUUGAGAGAAGUCUGGCUAAGGUCCUCGACAUGAUCGAAGCAAAGCACAAGACAACAGAGAAACAGGCUGAGGGUUUCAUUAAGGAGCUGGAGGAGGAGAUCUCUGAGCUGUCCAAGAGAAGCACUGAGCUGGGGCAACUCUCACACAACGAGGACCACCUCCAGUUCCUCCAAAAGUUCAUGUCUUUGAAAACUGCUCCAUCCACCAAAGACUGGACAAAGGUCAGAGUUCACUUGUCGUACGAAGGGAUCCUGAGGACACCUCUGGCUCAGCUGGAGAAGAUGCUCAGUACAAAGUUGAGAGUGCUUUGUGCUGAUGCUGAAAUAAAGAAGGACAAACAGUACUCAGUGAACGUGACCCUUGACCCUGAAACGGCACAUCCUAAACUCAUCCUGUCUCAAGAUGGGAAGCAAGUUUAUCAUGGGGAUGUUUGUCAGACGGUCGAAGACAGUCCUAAGAGAAUAACCAGAUAUUUUGGUGUGUUAGGAAAGCAGAGUUUCUCCUCAGGCAGGUUUUACUAUGAGGUUGAAGUUGAAGGGAAGACCGACUGGGUUUUGGGAGUGGCUCGAGAGUCUAUUCACAGGAAGAUCCCUUUUCACUCAUGUCCUCAGAAUGGUUUCUGGACAGUGAGCUUGAAGGAUGGAUUGGAGUAUAGAGCUCUAGAUGAUUCGGACCCAAUCCAUUUGUGUUUGAGCUCAAAGCCUCAGAGGGUGGGGGUGUUUGUGGAUUACGAGGAGGGUCUGGUCUGCUUCUAUGACGUAGAUGCUUCCGCUCUCAUCUUCUCCUUUACUGGCUGUAACUUCACAGAGAAACUCUACCCAAUUUUCAGUCCCAGAAAAAAUAACGCUGGUGCCAACUCCACGCCACUGAUCAUCUGUCCAGUCCAUUAAACAAAUUAGCACCCAUCAACAUCUGGCAAUGAUAAAGCUUGUGCUGGUGAUGGUGCAGCCAGUGGUUAGCGAAAGCACUUCCUUUUACUGUGCGCUGCAUUGUUUACGAUCUGCAAUCUUAGACUGAGUGACCUUGUGUUCAGAUUAAAAGAGAAGAGAAAUCCCCCUCUCUGUACAGGUCUGCAAAGUAAAUACUGUCAUUUCUUGGUUCAUUACAUCCCCCCAGAGGAGCGUCUGUUCAUCUGUUCCUGGGGAGUCUCAGUUUCAGUGUAAAUAGUAAGUUAUAAACAGGCUUCACUCUGGCUUCCUUCUGCUGUAUGAACCUGAAACAGAAACUGAUGUUCUUGUAAUUAACAGGUCUUAAGUUUGCUGAAAUAACAUCAUGAUGCAGAUUAGUCAAAAGUCAAGCUUUGUCAGGUCUGUCCUCAAGAGGAGAAGAAAGCUAGUUUUAACUCUUUGUCAUUGAAUCGAGGUGGGAUCCAUAAUUUCUGAUGCAUUCAAGCAAGUCUGGAAAUUUAAACUCUGAUUGGCUUUUGUGACACAGUGUCAAGCAAAUGUGUGUCUCAGUGUAAGAUGUUUCUAUUGAGUAGAUUGUACUCACAUGCAGAUAUCUGUUUAUAGAGAUUUAAAAACAUAUCUUCAUAUUACCUCUAAUGGAAUCGAGGAUGUCAUUACAACCUGCUUUUGCUCUCCAUACAGACAAGUUUUUCCUGCAAACACCAAAGCCUGCUGAUAUAUUGAUGAUACUUGAUAUUUCUGCUGUAAAGAUCAGCUUUUUAGAAUGAGUGUGUAUGUGGCUUCUGGGGCUUUUGGAGCAAGCCUCAAGUGGACACUCAAGGAACUGCAGUUUUUAACACUUCUGCCACCAGAUUCUGGACUUCUGUGUGAGCAAAACUUUGAAAACAAUUAUGAAAAAACACCAUGCAACAAUAACAUACACCAAAAACAGACACAAAAAGUUUGAUAACUGAACAGUAAUAAUGACAAAGAUUGUACAUAUAUAUUUAUUGUUUUUAAAUUUAAUGACUUCAUUUGUUUUUUGGAGCAGGUGUUGUGAUUGGUUGAUGAAUAUGAGGGUGUAACACAAAUAUCAUUACGAC